AUUGCGUAUAUGUGAAUACAUUGACCCCUUUAACCUAGUUCGUCACUUGUUUAGUGAUGUGAGUGAGUGGUAUCUAUGAACCAUUGUCUAACUAAAUACAAGAGAACUUAUAUAUUUAAUCCCCUUUUCCCAACUCGAGCGAAGCUCUCAUCACAUCAUCAAUCUUCUACUCCUAUCCUCCCAUCUCUACUGCCACCGCCGCAGGCACUAUACUAUUAAAGCCGGAUCAUCCGUAUUCACAACCCCCCUAGGAUCACGAUACCUACCUUCCCAGAGACGUAACUUGGCAGAUAGUACGAUGAAGAUCCCCAAAUGCCUCACCCUCGGUGUUUUCUCUUGCCUGCAGGGCCUGUCCCUCGCCAGCGUUCAGCCGCAAAUGUUCGAUAGCUCUAUCUGCCCGUGGUACUACAUCCGCCAGAACUAUCAUAACAGCAUGGAUGUUUAUACCAUGGAGCUCAUCGCUACCUGUGGUGUUACCGUAAAUUCCGCAUUGGAGUACCACACGAGCCUCCUGGAUUUGGAUAAGUGCUUCGUCAAUAAAGACGGGAAUAUCAAGCUAGCUACCGUGGAUAUGGCACCCCUGGGGGGGUUCUCCAAGACGUGCUGGAGCUGCGGUCUCAUGAACAUCGGACCUCACGACAUUACCCCUGAUACGUCCAAGCCUAUUAUAGCUUGUCAGUGCAAACCCGAACAACCCAGCACUGAUCGCUCGCGUGAUGCGUCUUUUGAGUUCGACGACGGAAUUUGGGUCGACCCGAAUGGCGUUAUAGGAUGUCUCGACCACACCGCCGACAUCAUCCCCUACUCCAACUCGAGCACGCCAAAAAUGAUCCCCCCGAACCUACUAGCGCCGCCUGCAACGGUAACCACAACGGUGAUGUCCACGGUAGUGCAGAACAACACGCUCACCGACACCGCUAUGGCGACGAACAACGCCACGGUCGUGAGCACUGCAACCGCAACCGCUACCAUCACUGCCACCACCACUCUAUUCAACACCGACAAUCCCUCCUGCCCACCGGGGACCCAGGCCACAGUGACGAAGACGAAGAGGAGGAAGGCUAAGACGGUAACUAAGGUAGUCACCACGCCCUCCGUGAGCACGUAUUUACUCACGGUUCUCGUUACGCCCCCGCCGCCUCCGCCUACGGGCAACAUCGUCGCUACUAUAAAGACGGAGACGACCGCGAAGGUAUCUUUCACAACGGUCUAUCCGAGGCCUUAAACAGAACGAGGUAGUCAGCCGUUCGGCAUUGUGGCUUGGCUGUUUUGUGAAUAGCAAUGCAGCUCGGAACGGGA